AUGGGAGAUUUCGGCUGGGCCACCUUCUCCAAAGCCUCCACCUUCGAGGCUGCCAGCAGCGGAUUGCAGGUCUCUCCUUGUGCCCUGGCGCUGUCGACCAGCGCCAACGCCUGCCUCUCCGAGACCGGCGUCUGGGGGGCGCCAGUGCCGCUGGGCGCGGCGGUCGUCGCCGGGGGCCUGGGUGUCCUGCUCGGCGUCCUCGCGCGGCAGGAGCAGCUGGCGCCCGUCGUGGACGCGCCCGUGCAGGCAGGGGACGUAGUGUUCCUCGACUACGGGGAGGCAGAGGAACCGUGGCAUGAGAGGCUGAUCCUCGCGUCUUUGGGCGGGGCGAGGUACCUGGUGCUGACCCCCGACGAGGACAUGUACGAGGAGGAGAUCGACACGCGCAGCGUGGCCGACUUCCGGCAGCCGGUCUACCGCUUCACGGAGCGGCCGCGCGGCGCUGCCUUGCAGUCGUGGAUCGACGCGGCGGAGGAGCAGGCCGUGGAGCUGCGCGCGGCGCGGGGGCUCGCCGAGGAGCCUGAGCGGGGCGCGGUGUACUCGCUCCCAGACUCGCUCGACACGCCGUCGGAGGACUUCGUGGCGUUCGGGCAGCACGGGCUCUACGACCUGGGCCGUCGCGGCAGGUCGGCGGUCCUGGUCAGGCUGGCGCCGGGCGAGACCGCGGACGAGGCCUUGCGGACCUUCGUGGCGUCCGCGGUGCCGGACGCCGUCGGGGGGACGCGGACGCCGCCACCCGCCGAGGACGCCCGCGCGCUGGCCAUCAAGCGGGACGCGGCCGGCCGCCGCUUUCGGGAUCUGAAGAGUGUGGCGGACUCGUCGGAGCAGUGUGAGUUCGAGGACUGGGCGCUGUCGGGCCCCCGCACUGCCUCGUACGUGGUGAAGGAGAUUGCCAAGCAAAGCGGGGGCCCGGUCCAGCGUCACACCACGUGGAAGCACGAGAACAAGCUUAACGAUGACGAGCAUAGCGUGGUGGCCCACGAGAUGCCGUCGGAGAUUUUGGAGUUGGCUUGCACCUACGACCAGGUCGACGUGGCCAACCUGGCGAGCAUGGAGGCGCUCGCGAGGCACCUGCAGUUCCUGGAGCACAAGGUCAAGAAGAAGAAGGAGACGAUCAAGGAUUUCGACUCCCAGGACUACUACCUGGGGCGCACCAGGAGGACGGGCGGGGCUAUCAUCCGCCCGGAGCUGCUGAAGUGGGUCGCGGAGUCCGCGGCCCGGGAUUCGGCCAUCUUGAAGGAGGAGCGCAAAGCUGCGGAGGAGCCGCUGGAGCGCAUGGUGCCGAGGGAUCUGCUGCCCUUGCCCUUGGUGCCCGUGCCGCCGGCUCGGGGCGCGCGGGCGUUGCCGCGCCGCUCCGCCCAGAGGAUCGGCCGCAGGUCUGCUGUGGGCCGCGGUGUGAACGAUUGCAUCGCCGCCCUGAACAACUUGUACGGGGAGGGCGACUUUUGCUCGAAGGCCCGUCCUUCGGAGGCACAAUUUUCUGCUGUGGACAUGCUCUGGCAGGCCGUGUCGGGCGACAAGCCGCCAGACGACGCCCCCAGCCCCGAGGCAGCCCUCGUGGAGUUGCUCGGCAUGGGUAGUCUGGGCUAUGGCCCCGACGGCCCCACUGUGGUUGCGCCGUAUGAUCGCGGCCUGGUUUCGUGGCCUGAGUCGGCGGGCUGUGUCAGCUUGCUGGAGGUGCUGCCGGAGCCAGACCGCCAGGAGGUGAUCGACGGUAAGAAUUCGAUGAUGCUUCGCGCUGAAGAGGUUCGCCCAGGCGCCACCAAGGUGUACUGGGAUAAGACCUUGCAAUCCGACGCAGACGAGUACCAGCGGUUCGUGCAGGACCUGCUGGCCCGCGACAUGGUGGAGCUGCGGACUCGUCGCGAUUUUGAAGUGGGAGUCUUCUUUGUGAAGAAGAAGUCGGGCCGCCUGAGGCUCAUUGUGGACGCUCGGGCUGUCAACCAGGCGCUGAAGCGGCCGCCGACGAUUCACAUGGCGUCCACCGCGGCGCUAGUGAACAUGGAGGUCGAGGACGGCGCCCAGCUGGAGUUCUCGAUCCAGGACAUCGCGGACUGCUUCUACCAGUUCCGCGCGCCGGACUACAUGGUGCCGUGGUUCGGCAUGCGCCCGCUCAGAGCGAGGCAGCUGGGCGUGAUGGUGGUCGACGGCCUCGCGGUCUCAGAGGGGGCGUGGGUCUGCCCGUGCCUGCGGGUGCUGCCCAUGGGCUUCGCGUGGGCCAUGCGCUGGACGCAGCAGGCGCACCGCGAGCUGCUGCGGCGGGGAGGUCUCGGUGGCAUCGAGAGCGAGCUGGUGGACAGGCAGAUCGCUCCGAGCGUGGACUCUCCUCAGGUGCCGAGGGUCGUCUACGUGGACAACGAGAUCUUCGUCUCGUCGCGACCGGGCGCCACCCGGGGUGCGAGGAGGCAGGCAGCCAAGGUGAUGACCGAGGCCGGGCUGCCACUGCACGAGGUCGAGGAGAGCAAGACGGUCGUGGAGGCGCUGGGCCUGGAGCUGGACGGCCUCAAGCUGCGGGCGCGGCUGGCGCGGGCCAAGCGCUGGAGGCUCGGGCUGGGCACCCAGGCGCUCCUGCGGCGCCGGCGCGUGGCUGGCCGGGAGGUCGAGCAGAUGAUCGGCCACUUCGCGCAUGCCAUGCUGCUGAAUCGCCCCGCUUUGUGCGUCUUCCGGUCGGCCUACGACUUCGCCCGGAAGCACUACAGGGUGCCCGUGCCGCUCUGGCCCUCGGUGCGGCAGGAGCUGGCCAACGCGCUGCACCUCAUGCCGCUGCUGGCCGUCCAGUUCGAUCUGCCGUGGUCCGGGCGCGUCACCUGCUCCGAUGCCACGCUGCGCGGCUAUGCGGUGCAGGAGGCCGACAUGGAGCCGCCAGCCGUGCGGGAGGUCGGGCGCUGGAGUGAGCGCUGGCGCUUUCGCAUCCAGUCAGCCUUGCGCCCGCGCGAGGUUUACAUCAUGUACACCCAGCUCUGCCUCUACGGGUUCCUGAAGGCCUCAGUGGUGCCCCUCGUCGUCAAGUGCUUCGGGAUCUACCUCUGGCUGGGGCCCAUGGGGCUGCUGGGGCCGCUGCUGAGGGCUACUUGGGCGAGGAGUCAGGGCCGAGCGGUGUCAUUUCCGGUGCUGGUUCUGCUCAGAAAGUGGGCCGCCUUGUCGCUGGCCUCCUUCUCUCGCACCAGCGUGCGCUGGGUGGCCAGCGAGCUCAACCCAGCUGAUGGGCCUAGCCGAUGGUUCGACUCGCCUGCUGAGAAGGCGGCCGCUGCUGCGCUGGGCGCCUGGCGACGCCGGCCCGCUGCGUUCGCGCGAGCGAUCGAGGCGGCGAGGGCGCGGUCGGUCGGGACUGGUGGACUCACGACGCUGGAGCAGGAGAGCAUCACCCAGAAGACGAGGCAGGACUACUCGAGGAGGCUGGAGCGGUUCGACGUCUUCUGCAAGACCCACGGACUCACCACGGCGAGCGACGUCGAGCUGGAGGAGGCCGUGGUGGAGUACAUGGAGCUGCAGUUCAGCCGGGGGGAGCCGUCGAACAGCGGGGCCAAGCUGCUGGCCGCGAUAGGGCAUCGCGACCCAAGGCUGCACCACGCGGGCAGGCUGCUGAAGCUGCCCCGCGUGGCGAGGGCGCUGCAGGGCUGGCGGAGGCUGGUGCCGCCGCUGACGCGGGCGCCCGCGCCUUGGGCGGCGGUGGCGGCCAUCGCGGUGGCCCUGAUCUACCUCGGCCAGCGACGCGCGGCCCUCGGCGUGGUGCUCGAGGCGGACGCCUACCUGCGCCCAGGGGAGCUGCUGACCCUCAGGGCGGACCACGUGGUGCCGGCGCAGCCGCAUGCCGGGGGGGGCUACUGCUUCACGUCCCUGGUGCUGAGGCCCGAGGAGGAGCUGCAGUCCACCAAGACCAGGGGCUUCAACGACUCGAUCCUGCUCGACAGCCCCGCAAGGUCUUUUCUCGGGCCCCUGCUGGAGCAGGUCGCAUUCCAGUCGCAGCCGAUGGAGCUCCUCUUUCCGUGGUCGGGCGCGGCCUUCAAUGCCAUGUUCAAGGAGGCAGCCGCGCUCGUCGGGCUCGAGAGCUGGGAGUUGACGCCGUACAUCCUUCGCCACUCCGGGCCGUCUCACGAUUGGCUCACCAAGGCAAGGAGCUUGGAGGCCAUCAAGCGCCGGGGCCGCUGGGCGUCCGACCUCAGCGUCAGGCGCUACGAGAAGGGCUCCAGGGUGAUGCGCCGCCUGGCCUCGCUCGACCGCGGCCGGCAGCUGCUGCUGGCCGAGGCCGACCGGAUGCUCGAGGGCGCCCUGAAGGACGGGCGCAUCAACGGCUUCGCGCGGCUGCUCCAG